AUGCCCAACAACGCUGCUAACAAGUCAAAAGGCAAGCGCCGCUCCACCAGCCAAGGCGCCCCGCCCGCCCCCAAGCAGACCCGCACUGUCAACUGGAGCAAGGAUGUUGGCACAGAUGGGAACUCUGCCGAGUACCAUCUUGUGCAGUGGCUGAUCAUGCGCAGUGGGCCUACCAUGAGAAGCAAUUUUGAGUGUUGGAAGACAUUGCCCAAAAGCGGCAACAGGGGUCACCCCAACCUUCACAAGGCUGCAAUUCAGUACCUCGUGGAGAAGGGCUGCUCCAGUGAGCGGAAACCGGACACUGUCAAGCCAAAGAUCCUCUCAUUGAAAAAGAGGUAUAUCGAGGCCUUGCAGUUCAAGAACAGCACUGGGGCUGGACGGCUCGAUGGGGAGGAGCAGGACAGCGGCAUCCUCAAGAUGUGCCAGUACUUUGACGACCUAAACGAAGUGCUAUUCCACCAAGCGGCUUCCAUGCCAAAGAACGGCGCUGAUACCCUCAGCAUGGGCGAUGCGGACCCUUCUUCUGUUCAACUCGACCUCAUCAUGCAAAACAUCAUUGGGAAGGAUGAUGAAGCUGAGGGCACCAAGGAAGAGGAUGGCAAGGACGAGGAUGAGGAGGAUGAGGAGGACAAGGAUGACAAGGAUGAGGAGGACAAGGAUGAUGGGGAGGAGGAUGACAAUGAUGAUGACGAUGGGGAUGGAGAGGAACGCCCUCCAAUUGCCGUCAUUGCGACUCCAGCUCGCCGAUCUGUUGCAGGCUGUCAUAAGGCGCUAACACUCCCAAGACCCCUCUCAGUCUCCAUAACUCUGUUGAAGAUUGCCAAGGAGCAUGCCCAGCGCCGCCACGAUGAGGUGAUCCAGUUGGAGACAAAGAAGAUGGAGGCUGAGAAAGAGAGGGUCAAGGGCAAGAAGAAGAAGGCGGAGCAAGAGGUGUUGGCCUCCAAGCUAGAGAUGUGGCACAAGCACAUGUCGUUCAACAUGGAGAGACAAGGUAUGUCGUAUGAGGCUGCCGCGGCGGAUGCAAGCGCAAUGAUGCCUUCCUUCAUGAGCUAG